AUGAUCCUUGGACUCUAAAAAAUCAAAUUUAGGAAAGAAGAGUAAGAGAAGAUGGAAGAUUAAGAGAUUGAGUUAGAAGCUCUUAAUAAAGUAGAUAAAUAAUUGGAGAUGUUAGAAAACAGUUCGUAAAAAAUAUAUGUUGAAUAUAAUUUAGAGUUUGGAAAUCAAAGCCUUUAAGAAUAAUUUAAAAAAUAACAAUUUUCAUUACUCGCCUUAAACAUAAUUCUACAACAUACAGAUUUAAAUUAUUAAAAAAAAACAUUUUUAUUUUGAUCAGAGACAAGGCUGCUUCAUUUCAAUAUUAUCUUAACAAUUUUAUGUUAUUUUAGAAACCUACAAGAGUAAAUAAAUUGAAAUAACUUAGUGGAUAUAAAUAAAAUAUGAUGCUCAUGCUAACAAUCCAUUAUGGUGGCGUUUUUGGUGUUUUAUAAAGAGUGAUAAAACAGUUCUAUUGCCUGCUGAUAAAUUUCUUUUUUUAUGGGAUUUAUUGAUGAUGUUAGUAACAAUAGCAAAUAUAUUCUAUGUUCCUAUGUAAUUAUCAUUUAAUCUGAAUGAGGAUAAUUUGGGUAGCAUUUUCACUCUUUUUAGUACAAUUCCAAGUUGUAUAUUUUUAAUUGAUUUAAUUCUAACAUUUUUUAAGGGAUAUUAUGAUAGAGGGAUAUUGUAGAGAAAUAAAGCAAAAAUAUUUUGGCAUUAUAUAAAAGGAGAUUUUAGUUUAGAUUUAGCUAUUGUUUUACCAUUUAUUUUAUCUUGGAUGGGAUAUUCAGCUGCAAAUUAUUUAAUGUUGAUUCGUAUGACAAGAGUUAGAAGAACAAUGAUAGUAAUUGAAGAGAUAUCUAAUUUUAAAGAGAAAAGUGCAGUUAUCUAUUAAUUAUUUUGUUUAAUAUAUUCCUUAUUAUUGAUAUCUCAUUUCUGUGCUUGUUUAUUCCAUUAUUUUGCUCUUUUUGAAGUAGACUAAGGUUAUACUCAUACAUGGUUACAUUAAUAGAACAUAUAUGAUGAAGAUUUAUAUACAAAAUAUUUCACAUCACUAUAUUGGAUUACAAUUACAUCGAUGACAGUUGGAUAUGGCGAUAUUGUUCCAGUUACAACCCCUGAAAAAAUAUUAGUCACAAUUAUCACCUUCUUAGUUACUGGAGUUUUUGGGUACGCAUUAGGAAUGAUUUAAAGUAUUUUCUAUAAAAUGGCAGAGUAAACUAAUAUCAACAAUUCCCGAUUAAGAUUAGUGAGUAAUCAUAUCAAACAAAGAGGAUUAAAUACACAGUUACAAUUUAGAGUCAGAAAAUAUAUUGAAUAUUAUCUAUAAUUCAAAUAGGAUGAAGAAUUAGAUUUAGAUGAACUUAUGGGAUAACUCAAUCCUAAACUUAAAUAAGAAGUUUAAAUAGCAAUGUAUUAUCGCUAUUUAAAACAUUCUAAAUUAUUUGGAACCAAUUUCUCAGAUGAUUUAAUUAAAAAAUUAUGUUUUUGUAUUCAUGAAAAAACAUUUGCUCCUGAAGAAAUAAUUAUUAAGUAUUCAUUAUUUUUUAUUUUAUUAGAAAAGAUGAAUUACCAAAUUAAUUAUAUAUUGUUUUAACUGGAUAAGUUAAAUCACUUAUUCUAGAAAAACCUAUUAAAAGAUAUUCGUAAGGUAAUCUACUUUGUGAAAGAGAAUUCUUUUAUUAAGACAUAAUGUAAUAUAAUAUUGUUGCUUCAUCUUUUGUUUAAGUAGCCUUCUUAAAUCUUUCUGAAUUCUAAUCUAUCAUCUAAAAUCAUAGAUCUAGUUUCGAAUAAUAUAGAUAUGCUAUUGAUAAUACUGUUUUUGGUUAAAAUACUAAUUUGAUUAUUUGUGAAGCAUGUUAAUCACAUCAUUAAUUUAAGAAUUGUCCAUUAGUUUUCUUUAAAAAAAAUAAUAGCAAAGUAUUAGCUACAUAUCAUAGUAAUGACUUUUAAAAUAGGUAAUCCUUUGCUAGAAAAAAAUCUAAAUAUAAAUAAUAAAGAAAUAUUAUACUUAAUGGUGCUUAUGAUCAUAUUAUUAAAAUGAGGACAUAAUUAGGAGUCUAAGUUGAUUAAACCUUUUUAAACAAAAUUGGUUUUCAAGGAUAUGAAUAAUAAUAAUAACAAAGUGAUGAUGAUGAUGAUGAUAAAUUCUAAUCUCCUUAAGCAAGAAGAUAGAGUUUUUCUUAAUUUAAAGAACAUGGUCAUACCAUUUCUCAAAAAACUAUUCCUCCAGAUGAAAAAAUUAGUGAAUUUGAUAUUGAUAAAGUUUAGGAAUAUGAAUUCUAUUAUCCUCAUAAUAAUAUAACCAAAAUUAGCAAAAUUGUUAAUAAAUAACAGCUUUUACGGAGAAUUCAAGAUAAAAUCUUAAAUAAAAAAAAUUUAUUCGCAGGACUCGUUUUUAGAUAAGUUGUAUAAAAAAUUAUAUGA